CCUAGCUAAUUUAAAACCCUAAAAACACACCUCCUCCUUUUGUUUUCACCUACAAUCCCCAAGUCUCAACCUCAUUUGCAGUUAGCCGUCUGGAAAGAAAAUCACAGGAAGUGAGGUAAAGAUGAGUCGCGGAGGAGCAGCAGCAGUGAAAGGUGGAAAGAAGAAAACGGCGACGUAUGUGAUCGAUUGCGGGAAGCCAGUUGAAGAUAAGAUCAUGGAAAUCGCAUCGCUCGAGAAGUUUCUUCAAGAGAGGAUUAAGGUUGGUGGUAAAGCCGGUAAUCUCGGUGAUUCUGUUACUAUUUCUCGUGAGAAGAACAAGAUCUCUGUUACUGCUGAUUCCACUUUCUCCAAAAGGUAUCUUAAGUACCUAACAAAGAAGUACUUGAAGAAACACAAUGUGAGGGAUUGGCUUCGAGUAAUUGCUUCAAACAAGGACCGCAAUGUGUACGAGCUACGUUACUUCAACAUUGCUGAGAAUGAGGGUGAAGAGGAAGACUAAACACAAGACAGUUGAUGUCGUUUUAUGUUUUGUUUUUUGACCUGGAUUGUCUUUUAAAAUAUGUUAUAUCAGAUUUAUCUUUAUGGAUCUUUUCAGAACUGUAUUGCAGUAGAAUGAAUUUUGUGUUUAGGUGCUUAUGCACUGAAUCUUGUUUUCACUUCUAUGGAUGCAUCUUUUCACCAAA